AUGGGGCGUUCUUUGGCUCCUAGGCCUUUAUACGAGUGUGAUUGUGGCAGCCUACGGCAUCAGGCAUCUGGAGGUGGCCGCGUCCGUCGGAGCUCUCUUUCUGUGGGUCCUGAAUCCCCUUUCCUUUUUCUUGGCGUUCCCCGUCCUCCACGUAGUCGUUUGCUUCCUCAAUCGGAUAGCUUGAGUCGGCAACUUCAAGAGGCGCUGCGCCAGCCUCACGGCAUAAAGCCACCAGUGACCGCAAGCACUGGGAUGCCCCGGCCUGCACCAAUCAACCCCCCACAAAAAUCAACUACUGGUUGUCAUGCAGUGCAACCUCCAGCUAUUCCUUCGCUGGAGGGCUCACAAACACAUUCAUCACAUUUCCCUCCGGAAAGUCCAAAGUCGCCAGGUGAUGGUCUUUCUUUACACCCUUCGACUUUACCUUCACCACCAGCUCCUUUGCGUUACCUAUCACUGGGUGACGACUCAGCAAGUCGAGAUACGAUUACACCUCUUGCUCCCGCACCGAGGACGCAACAGCUCAGCUCGUCAGCAGGCACAGCUUCACCUGUCGUCCUCUCAACGCAAAUUCCUUCGUUGACAACCAGCGACGAACCCUUUGCACGUGUGACACACCUGGGAAAAGCAUCCAAGGCAAAGAUUCGCGAUGCACCCUCCCCCACCGCACUAGCAGGUCCUUCAGCUGCGCAGCCUGCUAAUCCGAAGUCAAGCAUAUCACCAAUUAGUGGUGAUCCAAAUACACCACCUGGUCCUAGGAAGGUGGAAGAUGCCUUGGAUUCCGCAGAUGAUGGUAGUGGUUUGACAGAAGACGACCACCCGUCGGGAAAAGGGAAAUUCCGGCCUCCAUUCAUGCCAUCUCCAGAAAGAUGGCUAACGGCAACCAGCGGUUUUGUCUCAGCCAUCAGAAGGGCCGUCCCCACCGCCUCGAAGCCUGCCUACGCCACGUGGAUGGGACCCUCCCUUACCAGAGAGCCCUUCUUCUGCAGAGGACGAACCGCCUGCUGCGGAAACUACGGAGUUGGGGAAGAAGUUGACGGAAAUCUCCGUUGGAACGGAGGCUUUUGA